UCUAGGAUGAAUAGCACUGAGAAAUGUUCCUAUGGUGACAGUAACUAUUUUCAGAAGACAGAGACUGUAUACAUGAUCAUCUUGCUGAUCCUGGGCAUUAUGUUCAACUCCUUGGCCCUGUGGGUGUUCUGCUGCCGCAUGAGAAAAAAAUGGACGGAGACGGUCAUUUACAUGACCAACCUGGCCGUGGUGGACCUCUGCCUGCUGUGCGCCCUGCCCAUCAUGCUCUACUCCCAAAGAAAAAUAGAGGAAAAGGACACCGUCCUGUGCCAGGUGUCUCAGAGCAUCUACCUGGUGAACAGGUACAUGAGCAUCAGCAUCAUCACCAUAAUCGCCGUGGACCGCUACGUGGCCAUCCGCUUCCCCAUGCAAGCCAAGAGGCUAAGGUCCCCGGGCCGCUCUGUCGCCAUCUGCGCCUUGCUCUGGGUCCUGGUCAUCGCCUUCACGGUCACCCGUGGGGCCAAGGAGAUCCACGAAGGCAACUACUGUUUCCGCAACGAGAAGCGCAAACCGUCCAACCCAGCCAUAUUCUCCGUGAUCGGCUUCUUUAUCCCCAUGAGCAUCCUCAUUUUCUGUUCGAUCCAGGUGAUCGUGAAUCUGGUGAGGAAGAAGAAGACGGAUGCCCACGAGAAGAAGGUCAUCCAGAAGGUCAUCUGGAUCAUCAGUGCCAACCUGCUGGUCUUCCUGGCCUGCUUCCUGCCCUUGUACGUGACCUUGAGCGUCCGGUACGUGUUGCAGAUGGAGACUUGUUCCAGCAAACGGAUCUGGAAGAACGCCAUCUCAAUAACCUCCCAUCUGGCCAACGCCAACUGCUGCCUGGAUGCCAUCUGCUAUUACUUUGUGGCAAAGGAAUUCCAGGAGGCGUCCGUUCAGACUAUCUCCUCUUUAUCUAAAUCCUACAAGCUCCAAGAUUCAGUACAGACAUCCAAUGCUUAGCCAGUGCAGAUGGCAGAGCGGCGGCAGCCACCGACCCUGAAGUGGACUGAAGAGGGAGGAGCAUCUGAUCUUAGAGGACCACAUGCUGUGCUGGUGCUUCCAGCUUUACCAUCCAGCAUCCCCAACCCCCACCCUCAGGGCCCUGAGGCUGGGAUUCCCAAGAACCAGGGUCUAGUCAAUCUAGAUCUCCCCUCUAGCUUGUUGUAUGAUUUGGAGCAAACAAUCUAGCUUCCCUGGGUUUCUAUUUCCUCAUCUGUAAAAUGGGCUGAAGGCCUCCCGGGAUUGUCCCAGGGAUGGAAGGAGAUGAUAGGCGUGGGAAAAUGCUUUGGCAAAGCAGCCUUGUGUGAUGGGGAAGGUCCGUCUCAGCUUAGAUACGAAUGCAAGCUAGGCCAUGACAUUGUUCAAAGUGAGAAGCUUCGUGGGCUCCCUAUCACCUCUUAGAUAAAACCAGCCCUGGGCUUAAAUCCUUCCCAAAAUAACCAGGCUAUCUUCCCAGAGGAACCACACUUUCCUCCCUUUCUUGGACAGUGUAUUGGAGAGAGAUGGGUCUUCUUGCUGGUCGGUCCCCAGCCAUCACUCACCUCCCGACUCCGGGCCUUUGCCCGGGCUGUGGCUGCUGUGCUCUCCAGCUGGCCUUUCCCGAUGCCUCCUCGUCAAUGUCUUCGUCCUGCGGUCACUUGGAUGUAUUUGUAUGUUUCACGUGGGCUUAUCUGACCUUGAAGACGGUACACGCCCGGAACAACCGUGACAACAGUCUGGCUUUAACCUCGAGUCCUCAGGGCCCAGCACCUAGCUGGAUCUUGCUACACGCUCUUCCCGCCAUCCCCAUGUAGCCUGGAAAUGCCGGUGCAAGGAGCUUCGAGAUUCUGCGCCCUUCGGAGCUGCCCCGAACCCGACAAGUCCUCCUGGGUCUUUGGGCACGUGUUAGUGUCCUUUGUCCCGUAUUCUUGACCUUGACCUCAGGGAGGUGUAUGCCUCCAUUUGCCAGUUGGAGUGGGGGCUGGGCAAAGCCCCAGUCUCACUUUCUCCUCCGGAGUGGAGCUCCCUGGGCCUGGGGCCAGAUGGGAGGCUGCUGUCUGGGUCCUUAAUAAACGCUCUUAGAAUUGAGUUGGAAUCGGAGCAGCCUCGGACCCCCUUGGGGGGUCUUUAAUUCCCUUCUUCCCUUGACGAACCCACACUACGUAAGGCACGCGCACACGCACGCGCAUGAUCCCGACACACACCAGACACAGACACACAUUUUCACACGGGCUCACGUGCUCACAAUAUACAGACACACUGUGCACAAACACAGAACUCGUACACGUGAACAGCAGUGUGCACACGUGUGUAACACACACAUAUAUACACGUGUGCCUUGUGCAAGCACCCACGCGCAUGGUGGGCACCCACACAUUCCCCCCUUUCCCAGUGCUCCCCACUCCCCUCUGCCUCAGCUGUUGCGCUUGGGGUGGAGCAGCAAGAAGGGAGGUCUGGGCCCAGGCCGUUCCUGAGGGAUGGAGCUGGAGAGAGUGUGGAUUCAGGGACCUGCCCCAGGGGCACCUCUGAAGCUCUGCCAGAGGAAAGGGGGAUGGGCUAGAAAGAAGUCUGACAUCUAGACACAUCCUGUCAAAUCUGCCUUGGGGGGACAAGCUAGGGGCCCGAGGAGUGGAGAGAGGGCUGACACUGAGCCCGACACGAGUCCUGCCUCAGACAUCACCUGUUCCGGUGACUUUGGACAAGUCACUUUCGGAGGAAGUUGGAGUCUCAGUUGAUCCAUAAACAUAUCUGAAGUGCCUACUGUGUGCUAGGUAUCGUGCUGAGCAAAGGGAUGCGAGAUGUACCUAAAAACCCACUGGAGCUUGAGGCUUCCGGGCACCUGGUCUGGGGUCAGUGACUCUGAAAGCAUCAGCCAGAAUUCUGGAGGCUGAGCUGGGCCAGUAGUCGUAACAGCAGCAGAAGCAGAAGCAGCAGUAGUAAUAGUAUAGCAACAGUAACAACAGCAGCACUAGCAGUAGUAAUAAUAGUAGCAGCAGUAGCAACAGCAGUAGUAGGAGUAAUAACAGCAACAGCAGCAGCAGCAGUAGUAAUAGCAGCAGCAUCAGUAGUAACAGCAGGAAUAAUAGUAGUAGCAGCAGUAGUAACAGCAGGAGUAGGAGUAGUAAUAAUAGCAACAGCAGCACUAGCAGUAGUAUUAGUAGCAGCAACAGCAGCAGCAGUAGCAACAGCAGGAGUAGGAGUAAUAACAGCAACAGCAGCAGCAGUAGUAAUAGUAGUAGCAAUAGCAGCAGCAACAGCAGGAGUAAUAGUAGCAGCAGUAGUAGUAACAGCAGGAGUAGGAGUAGUAAUAAUAGCAACAGCAGCACUAGCAGUAGUAUUAGUAGCAGCAGUAGCACACCAGUAGUAGGAGUAGUAAUAACAGCAACGGCAACGGUAGCAUUAGUAAUAAUAGUAGCAACACACCCCGCUCCAUACUUUGUUUCCUCAGACACCUGUAGAAGGUCUCAGAGUGAGAAACAUGUGGCUUCUGGGCCAGCCUUUGACAUCCUGUCAGGGUGAUUGUGAACAAUCUUCUACGUGCUCCCGAACGACUCUAUAAGACUGAGUUGUAUGGACGGUGUCAUUCUACAUUGGCAGAGGGCCUCUCACUCAGAACAUUGAGUCACUAAAUGUUGUAUUUAUUUAUUGUUUUGUAUUUGUUUGUAUGUAUUACUUCUGCAGUAAGUUGCAGGGUCCUUUCUGUCUUUAUAUGACAGCUGCCUCGCAGAGUCUGGCACCUGCAAGGGACUCACUGAAUGCUUAUUGACUAACUGAUCUAAUCUUGAACCCUUCAUUUUAUGGAUGAGAUGCUUGGGUCCGGAGACAAAAGGGCCCAGAGACCAAAGUCACACGGGGGGGUCACCAAGACCGGAUCCCCAGCUUGAAAUUUAUCACCUUUUCUACUCAUCUAACACCUAAAGUAUUAGGCUAACCUAGCUUUUUUUCUUCCUGUGUAUUUAACUUCAGGCAAGCCUCUUCCUGUCUCUGUGGCUUAGGUCCUUUCUCUUUCAGGAGAGGGGUUCAAAGUCCUUUGUAACUCAAGAUUCUAUUUUAGUAGAGAGUUUGAACUGGUCUCUGGAGGCCAUCCUAGGGGGUUUCUUCCCAGAGCUUCCCUGGAAAAUCUGGGGAUUCCAAAGACUUUUAGUAGAUCGUUACACGUUAAGUUACUGGAUGCCACCUUAAGUUUGUUUUGUCAAGUGUAUGUCUAUGUGUAUUCUAUUUAGUGUUCCUUUGGUGUAUGUGAAAAAUAAAUAGCUUCAUUCAAAUGGA